UCUAAUCAGUUACGGUAAUUUCUGAGAAUAAAGCCGGCUGAAAGCGAUCUCAGUGAUCAGUGUGGUGAGACAGAUCCGUGGAUGCGGUGCCUCGAAAAUGAUAAUCUUGUGGCUCGUCGGAGCUUUAGUUGUGCUGCUGCACUGGCUGUAUAGGGUCAACCAGGAUUACUGCAUUCUUGGUUUCUUCGCCAGAAGAAUUCGGAGCAAGGAUGGAAAGUCCGUAGAGAGCGUAGCUCCCAGGGCCAAGGGAAGCACCAUUUUUGCCAACAGCUUCGACCUGUACGGCAAAGAUCACUCUGGUGUUUUCAAUCACUCGCGUGACUGUGCGAAACAAUUGGGUGAGAGCUAUUCGUAUGCGAUGGGAACGGCGAUUUACAAUGUUAUCGAUGCGCAGAAUGCGGAACACGUACUUAAUGAUCCGAACCUAAUAAGCAAGGCUUUGGUAUACAAUUUCCUACAUCCGUUUCUGAGAACGGGUUUGUUGACAUCCACAGGAAGAAAGUGGCAUGCGAGAAGGAAAAUGCUUACCCCAACGUUUCAUUUUAACAUACUGAAUCAGUUUCAGGAGGUUUUCAAAACGGAGAGUCUGAAAUUUCUUCAGCAAUUUAAGGAUCAAGAUGAAACAAUCGUCCUGUUAAACGACGUCAUACCCAGAUUUACUCUGAACAGUAUUUGUGAGACUGCCAUGGCUGUUAAGCUGGAUGAGAUGGCCGAGAAGGGCGAUCUUUACAGGGAAAACUUCAGUCAGAUUGAAGAAAGUUUCAUCCGCCGUAUGAGUAACCCUCUUCUGUGGGGCGAUACCCUAUUCAACAUGUUUGCGGCCAAGGACUAUGCUUCUGCCCUCGAGGUGGUCCAUGGUUUUUCCAGCGAGAUUAUUGCUAAGAGGAGGCUUUUGCUCAAGGAUGAGCUGGACAACAAAGGAGACUUUUAAAAUCGAUGUUGUUUAUCAAAAAGUAUGAAAUACCAAA